AUGUCCGCCAGACUUCCUACCCUUCGGAUCUUUUGGCGCCAAUGCCUAGGGAACCCAACGCGACCUGGCUUCAAAUCAAAUCCGACAUCAUCAUGGCGCUACUUUAAUUCCAGUGCCCCUCACAGCAAGGCCAAGGGUGUAGCCAGAACCGUUGAUUCUCCAUGGCAAGCUUCAGGCAUGGGUGGAAAUAAGAACCCCCGAGCGCUUGCAAAGCUCCAAACAAAGGUGUUUCAGGCCGGCGAAGUGGUUCUAUUCAAGGCUCCGUCUCAUCGUCCAUACGUUCUAACCGCAUUUGGCUUGUCCGGAUUCUGCUUCGCCUAUGCCCUUUACAACUCCAACGCGGUCUUCCGAGAUCCUGUGUUCCCACUCCCCAUGUGGCAGAAGUAUCUAUUUGGUGGUAUUUGCAUCGUGAUGAGUGUUAUGGGUACUUUGUUCAUUUCCCGAACUGGAUUCCUCGUCAAGAAUAUCAAGGCCGUCAACUUAGAUGGUCGUAUGCGCGUGCUUUUCACGGUCAGAAGCAUGAUGCCAUUCAAAAAGCCUUACCAGGUUGACGUGGCACCUGGUGAUAUUUCUUUCAAGCGCAGGAUGACCGUGUCUCCGGAAACUGUCAAGCGCUACGAGAUGGACAGCAAGAGACUCGGCCGGGGAUUGGAGAGUGACCCGACAUUCAUGAAGUCACCCAUCAGCGCAUUGAGUUUCCAGUUAUGGCGCACCUUCCAGUCUAUGCGUCAAGUCUUCACAAACGAGGACUUCAUUAUUGUGCAAGUCGCAGGGCGCAAGACACAAUUUCGAUUGGACUCCAACGGGUAUGUGUCGAAUGAUCUCUUGCAUUUCGGGCGUAUGGUGAAUAUGAAGAUGCCAUUUACUUAA